AUAGGGUCGUCUCAUACUUCCUGAUAGCAGUCUUGGCACGGUAGCAAUGGCGGACGAAGAGCCCGUCGACACAAUGCCUGCGAUCAGGGAGGCUGUCAAGCCCAAAUGUGCGGCCGAUUGGAAAGACUACCAGAGCGCAAAGCAAGUUCUGAAAGUACUGAAAUAG